GAUGACCCUGAUGUCUGACGUCUUUCAUAUAUAACUUCAUGAACUUACACUGUUAGCUGAGUGAUUGUGACUUGACCUGGUCAAUGCUGACGUCUCGUGCUGACUCAAAUUACAUACCAAUCAGAUUUCUUCCAUUGACAAGGGUAUUUUCCCCAUCAACGGUCAUAAUUAAUAAAACAGUCAUCGUUACUUACCAGCAGGCAGCACUGCAGCAGCGCUGACAACCAUUCCAUUCCAAUUCCAACGCCACGCUGACGGUCAGACGGUGUCUAUACUAGCAAGUCUAGGAGUGGUCUAGGACAGGUCAGUGUCAGUAAGCCAUUCCAGUGGUGGUUUGUUUGGAUUGAGUAACCACAACCUGUCGACUAGUGUUGGCAGCCAGACUUGAACUCUUCCCAGUGAUUGGUGUCGUGACUACUUGCAGCUCGAACAAUGUCAACUCUAGUGGCCAAACGUGAAACUGAAAGUUCUGUCCAUCUCGGAGAAGGAAAGACACCAUCAAUGUCUGUUCUUCCUCAAUCAUGCCUCGUCGACGAAAACUUGGACAUAAUUCUUGAAGGACUUGAGCCAUUGGCACAGUACACGGUUGCAGCACGAUUAACAGAGAGUGGAAUUCACGCAGCGUCAUAUGCUCAUUUUGUUUCCGAUUCGCUUGGAUGUAUCUCAACCUCUAAGUUACCGUCUUUGUCUGGGAGUUACUCAGGAAUGGAAGCUAAUGGGUUACUAUGGUCUAUGGACAUCAUCCCUGGACAGAAACCAGGACGGCGCAUCAUGAAAAAAGAUGUGACAUUGCCCUUUGAGGUGGAGUUCUCUGUUUAUCAGGGCCACAUAAGCCCAAUCGUUCCCAUUCUUGACGGUGAUGGGUUGGACUCUGUUCUUGGAUCAAAAACUAGAGAAGUGGAACCAAUCAUGAAACAAGUGCAGCGUCGCUUUUACUUAGCUGAUGGUGUGAAAAGGAUUGCUGUCCGAGAUGGAAAUAUCCGGGGAACGUUCUUCAUACCAGCCGGAGAUGGACCUUUUCCUGCAGUUGUUGACUUGUUUGGUACUGCUGGUGGUUUGCUUGAAUUCAGAUCUGCUCUCUUGGCUUCAAGAGGCAUUGCAUCAUUAGCAUUAGCUUUUUUUGCAUUUGAGGAUUUACCAGCAGACCUCAGUGGGGGGAUUAGCUUGGAUUACUUUGAGGAAGCCAUCGACUGGUUGUAUGAUCAGCCAUCGGUAAAAAGGCAUGGAGUUGGAGUGUUGGGCGUAUCUGCUGGUGCUUACAUAGCUGUUUUGUGUGCAGAAUUAUUUAGCAAAGUUAAAGCUGUUGUUAGUAUUAAUGGUUCCAUUGUUAAUUACAUAGCUCCAAUGCUCUACAAAGGAAAAGUAGUAAAAGAAAUGGGGUUGGCAGAUUGGGGGGCAUGUGAGUUCAUUGAAGGAAAGGAUGAUGCUCUCAGCUUCAAAAAUGUUUAUGGUAGCAUUUCAGACAUUUCAAAAAUGUCUAAUUGCACAUUAAACCUAGAGUUGUCUGAUGCGUCCUAUUUGAUGAUUGUCAGUGGUGGUGAUGUAAACAUUCAUCCAAUGCUGUCCUUCAUGAUGGUUGAUCGUCUCCGUGAAUUUGGGAAAGGUGACAACUGUGAAUGUCUGUUUCUAGAUAAAGCAGGCCAUCUGCUGGAACCUCCCCAUACCAUGCAUUGCUAUCAUUCUUACCACAAAGCAUUUAGUGCUUGCUUUGCAUGGGGUGGAGAAAAGGUAGCCCAUGCACAAGCUCAGGAGAAAUCUUGGAAGAAGAUCCAACAAUUUUUUAAACUGAAAUUGUCUGAAUCGCUGAAAAGUAAAUUAUAAAUUGGCCACUUAUGUCCAGCAUCUAGCUAUCUAUCUAUCACACACAGAAGUAGUUGUGUGAUGACUCAUGGUAAUUCAUGGGCAUGGGUUUCCAUAUUGUAGAAAAUUCCAUGUUAUGAAUCAUUCCUGAAACUUUGGUUAAAAAUCACAACCUCAUUUCCUGAGUGAAAAUCAAUUUGUUACAGUUUAGUCUCGCUAUGAACAUUCAAUGAUCAGUUAAUCUUGAGCAAAUUUUCAUUAUAACCUGGUUGGACUGUCCCUAGUUGUUCUAAUCUUGUCUUUGUUGCGUUUCUUAGGUUUGUUAAUAUAAUAUACACAUGUACCAGUGGUUGCAAGAGGAUGAAAUAUUUGCUCAAAUAAAAAUUGAUGCUUUAAA